UGAGUCAUCCAUCCAAAAUAAUAAGCUACGAAUAUGCGUGUACUGAAUAGGAAGAUUCUCGACUUAACAAAGCAUCUUCCUCUCUCUUAUUCUCUAUCCCCUUUUCCCUUUUUUGUUUCUUACCAUCAUAAAACCAUUUCCUGUCAAAACUGAUUAUCCAAACGCGCUUCUUCCUCAACUGAAAAUUAACCACCGCCACCUCAUCUACUUACCCAUUCUUCCUCUAUAUAUACAAACAAACAUAAAAUCAUUUUUGUUAUUGCAUUUUACUACUUCUUCUCAACAUUAAUUUAUUCUCCCUCAGAAUUAUUGGGUAGCACACAGAACUCUCGAAUCAAUUGGUGCCAGCAAGAAAUUGCUGGCACACAAAUUGAAUUGCAUCAGUUGGUAGAGUCAAGCACAUGAGUCAAAAUAGGACAUUGAAUCACAGUAGAGCCCUUGAGGGUGUCCAUGGGGUUCAUGUGGUGCCUCAUUCGCCGUUUUCUGUAACAGAAACUAAUCAAAGUGGAGGUCUUCGUCCAUCAACGGGUGGUACUUCAACUGCCGAAGCAAAUCAGUUUGUGUUAAUGCAACGAGUAUGGCAACAAAGACCAGCGUGCUUGAGACCUAUCCAUUGUAGUGCUAGUUGUCAUGGUGAUCAACAUCUUGCUGAAACAAUUGCUAAUGUGCUUACUUCAAUUCCUUUUAUAGCUCUUGGAAUAAAUGCCCCCAGGAAGAAUUUCAGUACUAAGUUGUAUGCCAAUUCAUUAAUUGGAGUUGGAGUUGCGUCAAGCAUGUAUCAUUGUUCAAGAGGGAAAUUGAGGAAAUAUUUGAGAUGGCUUGACUACACAAUGAUAGCUACAACAACUGUUUGUCUGUCAAGGGCCCUAAGCAAUGAGAACCCAAAGUUGCUGAUGGCGGCAUCUGCAGCAUUUCUUCCGGUUAACCCAUUAAUGGUUACACUUAUUCACACCGGGAUGAUGGAGGUAGCAUUUGCUAAAAGGGCAUUGAAAGAUCCAGACUUGAGAACGGCUCACACAGUGCACAAAAUGUCAUCAUUAAUGGGUGGUAUGCUUUUUAUAGCCGAUGAUUUAUUCCCUAAAACUCCAUACCUUCAUGCUGGAUGGCAUCUUGCUGCUGCUGUUGGUGUAGGUACCUGCAACAAGCUUCUUGAGUAGAUGUGCAUACUCUAAUCAAAAUGUGAAAAGCAUUCAUUAUGUGCAGAGUAUGAAUAGCAUCGACAUAAUUUGCCGAAUUUACGUUGUAAUCUGCAAUGGUUAAGAUUACAAAGUAGUACAUUAUCCUUUUGGAUUAUGUUUAUAAUUCUAUUGUAGAUGGGUUCAAUUAAGAUUAGUUUCCCCAAUUUUUUACUUUCUUCAGUUGUAGUUGGAUUGUAUCUUCAUGAAUCAUUAGUAAAAUUUAUUGGAGAAAGGGAUUUGUGCAAUGCAGACAAAACUGGCCAUUACUAUUGUUGCUUAAUGAAAUUCCAAUUAUAAAA